UCAACUCAGUUGACAUACAUACAUGCAUGAAAUAUAGCAUAGUUAGUUGUGGUAUGUUUAUCCAUUAACAUAUCUAGAUAUCGUGGGUGUUUGAGUAAAUAACUUUACAUUCCUUGACGCGAUUACGUUCAUUAUAUAGUCCACUUACUGAGUGCUGUACUGGGCACGAUUAAUUUACUCUAGCUAGCUUGCUAGCUAAUAACCUUUCUAGGUAGCGCCCACCUCAACACAAGCCAGUCGUCUGAUAAUGGCAGGAUUGUAUCGAGCUCUUCUAACAUCUGCCUCCACUGUCACAAAGAAUCUGACACAAGCCACAUGUCGCACUAAAUUCACUAAGAGUCGCAUCCCUCCACAGGUAUUUGAGGAACGAGCAAAAGAACAUGACAAGUACGGUGGUGAUCCAGAACAUCCACAUAAAUUACACAUAGUGACACGGGUUAAAAGCACAAUGAGGCGUCCAUAUUGGGAAAAGAAGGUUAUAAAGAGCUUGGGGCUAAUGAAGGCGCAUGAACCCCGUGUCCACAAGAACACCCCUUCAGUUAACAAUCUACUGAAAACCAUUAAGCAUCUGGUUAGGAUUGAGCCCCUCAAGCUUCCGUAUGGACUACCUGCUGAGGAGGACAUGGCCAACACAUAUCUGAACAGCAAAGGGGAGCUGGUAGUGAAACGUCUCCUGCAACCACUUGAGCAGAAGGCCAUUGAGUCAUAGAAUUUAUCUAGCCUACCAUGUGUUGUGUAUUUGCUAUUUGUUAAAUAAAGGUUUGAAUAAAUUGA